AUGUCGGAUCAGUUAAGCGAUUUCAUCAAACGGGCUGAAGAGGAAGAGCUUGAUGGCGAGUUCAGCGCUGAAGCUGCGGCAGCACUAGCUAAGGCUUUGCCCAUUGUGUCUCCACAAUUUCCUUCACUAGCAGAAUGUUUGAUGAGUGCUGAACUCUACGAUGAAGCUGAAAAGUAUUACUAUGACGAAGGGGAUGAGUUUCCCAUCAAGUAUAGCGGUGCUUUGAAGUCUAUUGCCAUUACUAUGCACGAUGAAACGGAAUUCGAUCCUAGUGAAGUGGAAGAGAUAAGCACCGAACCUCCAAGAGGCUCCAUUGAAGUCAUUUUAGGAGAUACGCCAAGACAAAAGGCUAUCGAGAGGGAGCUUGACUUUUUCUGCAAGAGAGCGGCGAGAGACAAUUUGGAUGGUAUUGAAAUGCGCAGUGAAGCCAUCAAGGCUCUCAAGAUCGGUGCCAAUCGUCUCUGUUACAAGAAGAAGUUCUAUGAUGCUGAGAACGACAAAUUCAUUGUCUUUCCCACCGUAACAGGGGCUCUCCUGGAUCAAGAGAUAUACAAUAUUGCCCAGAAGAAGUAUUACGGCCCACGCGAUGAAUUUCCGCUGAGGUACACUUCCGCCUUGCGAAGUCUUGCUGUGGAAGCUGGUGGAGCGGAAGAAGAUCAUGAUGAAAUUGAAGACAUGGCCGCGGACUGUGAAAGUACGGACGGUUACUUUGACACCAAGCCCAUGCCGGACAUGUUCCAUACAGCUCGUCUGGAAUUCAUGGGGACGCCUGACGCGCUCUAUGAAAAAGAGCCAGAGGUCCAAAAGCAGGAAGACCCAGAGAAUCCGGGUCGUGGAUCCACAGCCAAGAUCUUGGGUGAUUCACCUCGUCAGAAGUGCAUUGAGCGGGAAUUGAACUUCUUUAUCAAAAAGGCAGCUGACGAGCACCUCGAUGAAGCCAUGCGAGACGAAGCCAUCAAGGCACUCAAGAUCGCGACUGCCAAAUUUGCCUACAAGAGAAAAAUGUACGAUCCCGCCGCUGACGUGAUGCGAAUCUUUCCCAGUGUUGCAAACUGUCUGAUUGACGGUGACGUCUACGAAGAAGCCGAAAAGCAUUACUACGAUAAGGGAGAUGACUACCCUCUAAAGUACAUUGGCGCUCUCCGCACCCUUGGUGUCGAGCUGGGUGGUGCUGAAGAAGAAGUCGACGAAUGGGAUCAAGUCGCCAUGGACUGCGAGAGCGUGGAUGGAUUCUUCGAUAAGAAGCCAUUGCCACAGGCGUCGGAGUUUGAAUUUUCCGAACACAACAUGAUGGAGGUUGAGGAAGAAACAGAGGUGACCCGUGGGUCCACUGCCAAGGUCUUGGGUGAUUCUCCCCGUCAGGUGUGCAUUGAACGUGAUGUCAACUUCUUUAUCAAGAAGGCACAAGAUGAUCACAUUCCAGAUGGCAUGCGAGACGAAGCCAUUAGGGCCAUCAAGAUUGCUUGCAACCAGAUUGCUUUCAAAAAGAAGUAUUACGAUGUUGAGAAUGAUAAGUUCGUUAUCUUUCCAAGUGUUGCAGCCUGCCUGAUCGACCAGGCUACCUAUGAUGCGGCAUCAAAAAAGUAUUAUGGACUGAUGGACCAGAUUCCUCUCCAGUAUGUCUCCGUACUGAGAAGUCUGGGAGUCGAAGUCGGUGGAGCUGAAGAGGAUUACGAAAAGCUGGAAGAUAUGGCCGCGGACUGUGAAAGUACGGAUGGUUUCUUUGACAACAAGCCGUUGCCUGAUCUUUAUCGUACAGCUCGUCUAGAAUUCAUGGGAAUGCCAGACGGAUUGGAAUAUGCAGAAGAACCAGAACCUGAACCGGAGCCAGCUGAGACUCGGGGCACUACAGAACAGUUCUUGGGCGAUUCUCCUCGUCAAAAGUGUAUUGAGCGUGAGCUUGACUUUAUCAUCAAGCUGGCAGCCGAAGAUCAUUUGGAUGACCCCAUGCGAGACGAAGCCAUCAAGGCCCUCAAGAUUGCUACCAAUAAGUUUGCCUACAAGAGAAAGAUGUACGAUGCCGCUGCUGACGUGAUUCGAGUCUUUCCCAGUGUUGCCAACUGUCUGAUUGAUGGCGACGUCUUUGAAGAAGCUGAAAAGCUUUACUACGACGAUGGAGAUGACUAUCCCUUGAAGUACAUUAGUGCUCUUCGCUCCAUUGGUAUCGAACUGGGCGGUGCCGAAGAAGAGGUCGAGGAAUGGGACCCAGUCGCCAUGGAUUGCGAGAGCGUGGAUGGAUUCUUUGACAAGAAGCCACUGCCACAGGAAUCGGAGUUUGAAUGGGACCUUGACGAAGAGGAAGUAGAGGAGGAAGAAGACAAUGGCCGAGGCUCUACUGCUAAAAUCUUGGGUGAUACACCUCGGCAAAAGUUGAUCGAGGCAGAAGUCGAUGCCUUUGUGGCGAAAUCACAUGGUGAACAUUUGGAGGAUGAGAUGAGAAACGAAGCCAUCAAAGGUCUUAAACACGGAGCCAACAAGUAUGCCUACAAGAAAAAGUUCUAUGAUGCCGAGAAAGACGUAUUUGUUGUCUUCCCCAGUGUUGCUUGGUGCAUGAUCGAUAACGAUAUCUACGAAGUUGCCGAGGAGCAUUACUAUCAGAAGGAAGACGAAUUCCCUCUCAAGUACACAUCAGCAAUGCGAAGUAUUGGAAUUGAAGCAGGCGGCGCCGAUGAAGAUGUCGAGCACAUGAUGGAGAUGGCCAUGGACUGCGAAAGUUCGGAUGGUUUCUUUGCCACCAAGCUUGAGGCCUUUGUUGUACCGGAAGAAGUUGCUAAAAAGAAGAAGAAGAGUAAAAAGAAGAAGAAGGUUGUUGUCAAGAAGAAGGGUAAAAAGACUGGCGACACAAAGAAAAAGUCGAAGAAGACUGGAGACGAUGCAAAGAAGUCCAAGAAGACUGGGGAUGGCGACAAGAAAUCCAAGAAGAGCGGAGAUGGCGACAAGAAAUCCAAGAAGGCGAAAGACGAUGAGAAGAAAAAGAAAUCAUCCAGAUCCAAGAGUCCAAAACCAAAAUCGAGCAAGCCCAAGAAGCGACCAUCGACAGAUGCAUGA